GAUGGCUCUUUUUUCACUCCCUGGGCUUUUUCGACGAGAGCCACAAGCUUCCAUGUCGGACGGCGUGCUAUGACAACGUCACUGCUGCUCCGUCCUCCUCGCUGCUGGCUCGACCCUUCGGGGAUGUUCCUCUACGACAGUGGCGGUUCCGAUGAAGUGAGCAAGAACAUGGAGGGCGGUUUCGCGGGCGGCAACUUCGCGGCAAGCCAGUGCAGGAAUCUGAUGGCGCACCCGGCCUCGCUGGCGCCCAGCGCGGCGGCGUACCCGUCCGCCGCCGACGUCCCCGCCAGCAGCGUGCAGGGCGAGCCGGUCAAGCAGUGCAGCCCCUGCUCGGCCUCGCAGAAUUCCUCCAGCGCCUCCCUGCCUUACGGCUACUUCGGAGGCGGCGGUGGCUACUAUCCGUGCAGGAUGGCGGCGCACCACGGCGGGAUCAAGCCGUGCGGGGCGCAGCCCCCCUCCGCCUACAUGCAGGACGCGUCGGCUGCCCCCGGGCCCGGGGACGACUUCGCCUCCCGGGCCAAGGAAUUUGCCUUCUACCCCACCUACCCGUCAGGCCCCUACCAACCUGUACCCAGCUACCUGGACGUCCCUGUGGUGCCCGCUCUCGGGGCGCCUUCGGAGGCCAGGCACGAGCCCGCCUUGCUGCCCGUGGAGAGCUACCAGCCGUGGAGCCUGGCCCCCAACGGCUGGAACGGCCAGCUCUACUGCGGCAAAGAGCAGCCUCAGUCCGGGCACGUGCAGUGGAAGUCUUCGCUGCCAGACACAGUGUCCUUGCACUCAGGAGGCGACUCGAGCUCGUACAGGCGUGGGAGGAAGAAACGCGUCCCGUACACUAAAGUGCAACUGAAAGAACUGGAACGGGAAUACGCUGCUAACAAAUUUAUCACCAAGGACAAACGCAGGAGGAUUUCUGCCCAGACCAACCUGUCCGAACGGCAGGUGACGAUUUGGUUUCAGAACAGACGCGUCAAGGAGAAGAAGGUGGUCAACAAAUUGAAACCUGUCAGCUAG